AUGGACUCGAGACCGACACCUGAAUGGUACGAGAUCCGAUUACCUUGGCCGCUCAGUUAUUUCCCGUCGAUCUUCCGGUUCCUGUCGUUGGCUUAUAUCGCCCCUAUCAUCCUCUUGUCCGUCAUCGAUGUCGGAGGUUAUCUGUUGUUCAAGUUGUUCUAUAAGCCGUUCGGCAACUAUCCGAUGUAUGCAUACUUCAAACAAGCUCCACCGCGAGAAGAGGCCGAUUCGGAGCCCACAUCGCCCCGCAAGCUAGGCAAGAAGAAGAGCGGCCGAGCGGCCGAGAAUUUGUCGGCAUCAUCAUCGUCGUCGUCGGAGGCCUCCUCGACGCUCUCGUCGCCAGUCAUCCAGCCCACCAUCUCGCUCAACUCCACCAGCUUCUCCUCCCCCAACAAAAACACCAUCCCAGACCGAGACGACGACGACGACGACGACAACGACAGACUCCGUUCCGUCGAACGCAAAUCGUCCCUGCGCAGGAGAAGCUCCUCCUCCAAGAAAAAUAAGAAAUCCGCCGCCAACAUCGACCCCGAUAAUCAUCGUCAUCUCAUCGGAUUCGAAGGGCCCAUGUUGGACUUCAAAAGUCCUACCGCUUCUGAUUACGAAGAAUAG